AUGCCGGGACCAACUGAUUAUAUUAUCGUACAUGUGGGCCAAUACUUCCACCAUGGUGUCCUUUUGGGGCAGCUCUCUUUGUCUAUCUCCAUCUCUCGCUGUCUCUGUCUGUCUAUCUGUCUGUAUGUCUAUCUCUCUAUCUCUCUAUCUCUCUCUCACUACCUUUCUCUCUCUCUCAACCUCACAAAUUCCAAGAUCGCGACUACAACUGAUGCAGUCCAAAAUCAAGAUGACCCUUACACUCGUCAGUGGGCAAAAACAGGAAAAAUCGCUGAUAUUUUCGGUAAGCAACAGUACCGUGUGCGGGUGGAUGAAAGCAAUCGGGUAACUCUAAGCAAUCGUCGCUUCCUCCGUAAGAUCCACCCAGUUGUUUGCGCCCCACAUCAUUAUUACCCAGGGAGCGGGUACCUUGACCUCAUAGCACCCCGAUUUAGCACGUCUAUUUACAGCCGCCCUUCAUUCAAUGUUGAGCGUCCACUUCCACUUGAAACGUCAUAUGGGAUUCUUCCUUCUCCAAGUCUAUGUACCCUGUUGCCUGCUCGUUGUCCUAUCUUGGAUUUUUGGCAACAUGAAAUCUCUCUCUCUCUCUCUCACUCACUCUCUCUCUCUCUCUCUCUCUCUCUCUCUCUCUCUCUCUCUGGGACUUACAUAGUAACGCCCCCACCCCAAAUAUCUAUUCCCAGUACCACAACUGUUUUGUCCAUGACUUUCCUUGGGCUUGACAACCGAACCUAUCUGCCCAAGGUGUCCUACUCGACCGCCCUUGAUGUCUACGUUGCCAUGUGCUACGUUUUUGUGCUGGCCACUCUCAUCCAGUUCGCAGCUGUUCACUAUUUCACCAAAUAUGACAGCGGAGAAGACAAUUUACAAGUGGACGACAUAAGUGAAAACGAGAGUAGUGAAGAUGAUAAUCUCGUUCCUUCUGACUCGUCCUCACAGAAAACAGCGGCCAAAAAGAACAAUACAUCCUUUUACUGUUUCAUUCGUUGUCUCAAAAUGUCUUGGUACUGCUUAACCGGUACACGAAACUUUCACUUACACAGCACCCGCCAUAGGCAUCGACGUUUCAACAGCGUCAGCCAAAUAGACAUUGUCUCACGGGUUCUUUUCCCUAUGGCAUUUCUUGUGCUUAAUGUUUCCUACUGGGUGUGUUACCUCUACUGGUGA